CAUGUAUUAAGGGGCCAGGGUACCAUGUAUUAAGGGGCCAGGGUACCAUGUAUAUGACUCAAGGAUGGAUGGAGACUCAGAUGGUUGUGUGGCAUGAUUUAGGUGUGUUUGUGUGUGCUACCCAUGGCAUCUGUGAAAGGGGGCAAAACAUCUCCGUGUUGUCCUAUGUGUUUAGUGACUAAGGGGAUACUAUUACCUAUAGAUGUCAAACACUUUCUCAUUCUGAAAUGUUUCUAUCCUGUCCAUAUUCUAUUAUAAACAUAUUUGUAUACUGACUUUUUCUCUCUACCGAAACGGUGCAUGUGCCCCUUUAAUCUCCACAUUCUCCACCUCUAUCCCGGCCUUUGUGACUGCCGCACACCGGACUGCUGACCAGCACGAACUGACCGGGACGCUAUUGUUCCUCUCCCAUUCAGGGCAAACCCCGAACGCUGUGCACAGAGAGGACUGGCGUUCCAUAGUAUAUGCUGAGCUGGCGUAUCGCGCAGUUUCGAUGGAAUGACCGGAAAGAACAGGAGCGCGCUGUUGGCCAGUGUUCGAGGUGGGAAAAAGUUAUUGUGCGCGUACCAAAGGCCUGCGCCAUGGACGCGCUCCAGGGGGGGGGGGGCGGUUCUCGUCACUCCGUAUAAAACUGAAGCGCCAGGAUCUCUUGAAGCUCAACGCGAGAUAGCGUUAGGCGCGUGCCACUACCGAGCUCAUCACGAAUAAGUGCCAAACUAGGUGUAAAGAUGUACAGAACCACUAGAUCACCAAUGAUGCAAUCCCUUGUCAACUCGGGAAUGGGCGUGGCUCCUUUCUUCAAGGUGACUGUGUUCGAGCAGGAGCACUUCCAGGGCAAGUGCCAGGAGUUCACCUCUGAGUGCUGCAACAUCCACGAGUGUGGUCUAGACAUCAUCCGCUCCAUCAGAGUGGAGAGUGGAGCCUGGGUGGGCUUUGAGCACCAUGACUUCCAGGGCCAGCAGUUCAUCCUGGAGAGAGGAGAGUACCCCCACUGGGACGCCUACAGCGGUUCCCUGUCCUACCACGUGGAGCGCCUCAUGUCCCUGCGCCCCAUCUACUGUGCUUCCCACAUGAGCAGUCGUAUGAUGAUCUUUGAGAGAGAGAACUUCAUGGGCCGCAGUGUUGAGCUGUGUGACGACUACCCCUCCCUGCAGGCUAUGGGCUGGUCCAUGCCCGAGGUCGGCUCCAUGCAUGUGCAGUGUGGCGCCUUUGUGUGCUACCAGUACCCCGGCUACAGGGGCCAGCAGUACAUCAUGGAGUGUGAGAGACACAGUGGAGACUACCAGCACUGGAAGAACUGGGGCUCCCACUCCCAGACCCCCCAGAUCCAGUCUAUCCGCCGUAUCCAGCAUUAAGAGGGGCUAGAGGCUGAGAGGCCCAAGAACCGCAAUCCCCAGCCCAGAUGCUGCUCUAUCCCUUACCCCCCCCCAACGGAAGACCAGCUGCCCCUAACUACCGACUCACCACAUAACACUGACACACACAGCUGCUCCGAGGUACGAUGAGACUAUAUCGCACCGGUAAAGCACAGGAACACACACACACUGACAUGACUGACAUAACACAGUUUAUUUUUUAUCAGGGUAGAGCACCCACACACAGACACACACCUGCGCUGUACUACCUGAACCCCUGUCCAGGUCACCUGGGCUGAGCAGGGAGCCACACAUCCUGCUCGACCCAGAGGUCAACACAUCAACAGGCACCAGUUUCAAGAUGGCCACCACCGUAGUGCAGCCUUAAUGUGAUAUGUGUAGGAGGUUGAACCAAAGGUUAACUAAUAAACUCAUGUACACUUCAGUCGCUCAGGCCUGUCCUAUCAUUAUACGGUGUGUGUGUAGGAUAAUCUAUAAUAAAUACCAUAUGGGAUUCAACAUAGCAGCGUCUCAAGAUGUGCUAUUUGGGUCCAAUGUAAUAAGCCGCUUGUACACUGCAUGUCAAACCCUCUGAUAAACAUAGAUAUAACUGAAAAACUACUUUAAAUAAACCUGUUGCUUUUUUACAAACAAUGAAUAGCCUUGCUGUAUCCACUCAGAUUACUGUCACCGCUUAAAGACACUACAACACCAUGAUAAACAUCUCAGCUAUUGAGGCUGCAAUAUAUUCACACAAGGACACGUUAAGAACAUCUUUAAUCUGUUUUUAAAUAGAAAAUAGUCAAACACCUGGGGAGAACAGUAAUAAUGACAGACAUGAUGUGAUUCCAUUCUCGAACAAUCCGAAGCAGAAUCGGAAGAUGUAGGCCUAUGAUGAUUGACACUCAACCAAUGAAAGUCGUAAAUUCCUGUGAAACUGAACUAACAGCAGUGUAAAACCUGAUUUGUUGGCAACUCACAAUGCAACAUUUGGUAUAUGAAUAAACCCAAACUCUGCACAAGA